AUGGGUCGCCGCCCCGCUCGCUGUUACCGGUAUUGUAAGAACAAGCCAUAUCCAAAGUCUCGCUUCUGCCGGGGUGUGCCUGAUGCCAAAAUCCGCAUCUUUGAUAUGGGUCGGAAGAAGGCAAAGGUGGAUGAGUUCCCGCUCUGUGGUCACAUGGUGUCUGCUGAAUAUGAGCAGCUCUCCUCUGAAGCCCUGGAAGCUGCCCGAGUUUGUGCCAACAAGUAUAUGGUGAAAAGCUGUGGCAAAGAUGGCUUUCACUUACGAGUGCGACUCCAUCCUUUCCACGUCAUCCGCAUCAACAAGAUGUUGUCCUGUGCUGGGGCCGACAGGCUCCAGACCGGCAUGCGAGGCGCUUUCGGAAAGCCGCAGGGCACCGUGGCGAGAGUCCACAUCGGUCAAGUCAUCAUGUCCAUCCGUACCAAGCUUCAGAACAAGGAGCACGUGAUUGAAGCCUUUCGCAGGGCCAAGUCCAAGUUCCCUGGCCGCCAGAAGAUCCACAUCUCCAAGAAGUGGGGCUUUACCAAGUUUAAUGCUGACGAAUUUGAAGACAGAGUGGCUAAGAAGCGCCUCAUCCCUGAUGGCUGUGGAGUCAAGUACGUCACCAAUCGUGGCCCUCUGGGCAAGUGGCAAGCUCUGUACUUGUGAAGUCUUGGAC